GCGCGCGUUUCGUGGACCCUGGAGGGCGGAGUCCAGGCUGGCGCCGGCAGAGGGAGGGGGCGCGGCGGCUUUGGAGUCCUGCGCUCCCUCAGGCCGCGGACGCGAUGCUGGUUGCUGAGGCUUCAGCUGCGGGGACGGCGAGGAUGUGACGGGCGGCCCUAGCCUCACCUUCCUUCCUCCGGCCCGCGGGUCGCUGGGCGGCCUCCUGCUGGGAGGCGGAAGAGGAGGCAGCGCGACCUCCGCACGAUUCUGUCAAAUUUUAAGAACAAAUGCACCUUAUAGCUCAUGGAAGAAAAAACACAAAUCAAGACAUUUUUGGGUUCCAAGUUGCCAAAGUAUGGAACAAAAUCUGUAAGAAGUACAUUGCAGCCAAUGUCAAAUGGGACUCCUGUUAAUUUAUUAGGAACUUCCAAGAAUAGUAACAUCAAAAGUUACAUCAAAAAUAAUGGCUCGGAUUGUUCAUCAUCUCAUUCAUUUAAUUGGAGAAAAGCAAAUAAAUACCAGCUUUGUGCACAAGGUGCCGAAGAGCCUAACAAUACUCAAAAUUCACAUGAUAAAAUAAUUGAUCCUGAAAAACUUGUUCCUACUCAAGGAAUGUUUGAUAAAAAUGGGGUAAAGGGAGGUUUGAAAAGUGUGUCGUUAUUCACAUCAAAGUUAGCAAAGCCAUCCACUAUGUUAGUGUCAUCUACAGAGGAGUUAAACCAAAAGUCUUUUUCUGGACCAUCUAAUUUGGGUAAAUUUACCAAAGGCACAUUAUUAGGAAGGACUUCAUAUUCUUCAGUCAACACUCCAAAAUCACAGUUGAAUGGAUUUUAUGGAAACCGGUCGGCUAGUAGCAUGCAAAGGCCUAGAGCAAACUCCUGUGCCACCAGAAGCAGUUCUGGUGAAAGCUUAGCUCAAUCCCCAGACAGUAGUAAACCUAUUAAUUGUGAAAAAAUGGUAAGGUCACAAAGUUUUUCACAUUCCAUUCAAAAUUCAUUUCUUCCACCUUCAUCUAUAACCAGAUCACAUUCCUUUAAUAGAGCAGUGGAUCUUACAAAGCCUUAUCAAAACCAACAGCUAUCCAUUAGAGUGCCUCUACGGUCAAGUAUGCUAACAAGAAAUUCCCGUCAGUCAGAAGUACUCAAUGGGAAUGAACAUUUGGGGUAUGGAUUUAAUAGGCCUUAUGCUGCUAGUGGAAAGAAGUUGGCUUUACCAAAUGGUCCAGGUGUAACUUCUACUUUAGGCUAUAGAAUGGUUCAUCCCUCUCUACUGAAAUCUAGCCGAUCUCCAUUUUCUGGGACUAUCACAGUUGAUGGAAAUAAAAAUUCACCUGCUGACACAUAUGUAAAGGAAGAUGCUACAGUUUUGACUGAGGGCAGAGCUACUAAUAAGGACCAAGAAGUGAUUGAAAAUGAAAGUUACAGAACGAAAAACAACCAGAGCAUGAAACAUGAUGCUAAAACGAGAUACCUGAGUGAUGAUGUGGAUGACAUUUCCUUGUCUUCUUUGUCAUCUUCUGACAAGAAUGAUUUAAGUGAAGACUUUAGUGAUGAUUUUAUAGAUAUAGAAGACUCUAACAGAACUAGAAUAACUCCAGAGGAAAUGUCUCUCAAAGAAGAGAAACAUGAAAAUGUGCUACCACAGGAUAUAUUUGAUUCCCCCAAGGAAAAUGAAAAAGCCCUCAGUAAAACUGAUGAAUGGAUAGACAUAAGUGUCUCUGACAGGAGUGAAUGUACAAAACAUACUUCUGGGAAUAAUUUCGUUUCACCGGAUACAGACUACAGAGCUGGUUCUUCAUUUGAACUCUCUCCAUCUGAUAGCUCUGAUGGAACAUACAUGUGGGAUGAAGAAGGCUUGGAACCCAUUGGAAAUGUCCAUCCAGUUGGGAGCUAUGAGUCCUCUGAAAUGAACAGCAUAGAUAUUUUGAAUAAUCUUGAAUCAUGUGACCUUGAGGAUGAUGACCUUAUGCUCGAUGUGGAUCUACCUGAGGAUGCACCUCUUGAAAAUGUGGAGUGUGACAAUAUGAACCGCUUUGACCGACCAGACAGAAAUGUUCGGCAGCCUCAGGAAGGAUUUUGGAAAAGGCCACCCCAGAGGUGGAGUGGACAGGAGCAUUACCACCUCAGCCACCCUGACCACUAUCAUCACCAUGGAAAAAGUGACUUGAGCAGAGGCUCUCCCUAUAGAGAAUCUCCUUUGGGUCAUUUUGAAAGCUAUGGAGGGAUGCCCUUUUUCCAGGCUCAGAAGAUGUUUGUUGAUGUACCGGAAAAUACAGUGAUACUGGAUGAGAUGACCCUUCGACACAUGGUUCAGGAUUGCACUGCUGUAAAAACUCAGUUACUCAAACUCAAACGUCUCCUGCAUCAGCAUGAUGGAAGUGGUUCAUUGCAUGAUAUUCAACUAUCAUUACCAUCCAGUCCGGAACCAGAAGAUGGUGAUCAAGUAUAUAAGAAUGAAGAUUUAUUAAAUGAAAUAAAACAACUUAAAGAGGAAAUAAAGAAAAAAGAUGAAAGGAUCCAACUAUUAGAACUUCAGCUUGCAACUCAGUAUAACUGCCACCAAAAAUGUAAAGAGGAAAAAUGCACCUAUGCUGAUAAAUAUACCCAAACACCUUGGAGACGAAUUCCUGGUGGGUAUUCUGCUCCCUCCUUCUCUCCUUGGCAGGGCUCCUUCCAGGGGAUCCCACGGACUGUUCCACCGCACCGCAGACAGACCUCAAGUACUACAGCCUUCCAGCAGCCUUCCCAGACCCACAGACCACACCCAGGGAAAACUAAUAAAGCCGCAACAUAUCGAGGCCCACAGUGAAUCCUCAAUUCAAGACACGCAUCAGGGCGUUGCACAUAUGGAAGAAAGCUUUACACACAUCUUGCAACAAGAAAGCAACUGUGGUUCGGAAGACCAGUCUUUUUCAUCAAGCCCACAAUUAAUGGAUGCGGCUAAGAGUACACCUUCUGAAGCAAACUUAAACAUGACUGUAAAUGCUCAAGAGCCUUAUCAUUUGGCAAAUAAUCAAACUAGUGACAUGCAGUUUAUACCCACUUCUCUUCAGACACCUCCCCAGUCAAGUACAGUAGACCAGGCUAAGAGAGUUGGAAGCAAUCAGUCUCCAUCAGUCGGCUGUAUGUCUCAGCCCAAGUCCUUGCAGCUUUUAAAGCCAUCCGUAUUGAGUUCUUUGGUGCCGCCUCCAGUUUCUGAAUCAUCUCCAAGUAGGACUCCCACUUGUAAAAAGUCACCAAUAAUCACAACAUGUAAUUCAGCAAAACUUCAGCCAACAUCUAGUCAAACAAAUCUUUCAAAUAAUCAGAAUUUGAAAGCAUCUAAGCUCCGCCCCCCCUCAGGCUCUUUCAAACAAAAACAACCAACCAACCCCCAACUAGAGCCUCAAAGUUUCCAGGCCAAGACAAGCAUCCCAAGGCCACUAAUGCAACGAAAAGAAAUCAUGCAGAAUCCAAAUGGCAAUUUGCAUUCUGGGGAUUGUUUGGCCUCUAAUCGAUAUUCUCGUCUUCCUAAACCAAAGAUACAUUAAGUACAUAGCCAUCACCUGCCAAUUUGUUCCUUAAAAACAAUCUGUUUUUAAUCUGUAAUAGCUUUAUGUGCAGCUUGCUACCGUGGUGGAGGUUCCAUUUAAAGCCUGCAAAUCUUAAAUUAAAAUGUAGAAGCUUCUACUAGUUUGGCUCUUCCAUUUGAUAUCCCGGUUGAAGUACAUGCCAUUUGAGCAUAAUUAUCUCAGGUAAACACAAAGGUUUGCUUACCCAUUUCAGAGGCCUGCCAAAGGCCCCAAUCAUGUUAUCCAUCCCUCUCCACUUCAGAAAAUUCAUAUUUUACUGAGCAGGCAAGAAGUGUGCUUUGCUGGUUUAGUCCUGUUAAGGUCUGUAUUUAUUGUGGUUUUCAGAACCUCACCCCUUUUCACUUGUCUCUCCUGUGAAUAUGGCUAUUAUUUUAACUAAAGAUAUGGUGAUAAUGGAAGAUGAUAAUCUGUAAGCAGAGUUCUGGCCAGUGUUUUGUAUAUUUAAAAGGUCUAUGCAAAAGCUUUGUGAUGAAUAAAGAAGAUUAGGCUUUUAAUGGAAAGUCUAUGUAAGUUUUGUUUUUCCUUGCCAGGGUCAGCAAGCUAAUGUUACUAUUUAUUCAUUUCCCAGACAGAUUCCCAAGGCUGAAAAUGCUUCUUAUUACAUAUAAAUCAGUUAUAUAUUGCUUUACAUCUUGUUUUACAAACACAUGCACAUGUACAUGCACAAACAUAUGCACAUCUACACACACAUACCAUUUAUGUUUGUAUUUGUUACUGGGUAAAUUUAGGAGAGCUUGAGAUACAUCUUGAAACCUGUACCUAAAGAUGUAUUCAUUUGUAACUUAUGUUGGUGCUAGAGUUUUGCUGGUAAUUCAGUUUUGAACCCUAUAGGCUUAUGGAUCCAUGAUAGCUAUUUUAAGUUUCCACAGCAUAUAUUUUAAAUUAUGUCUUUAAUUGUAAUGUUUAUAUUUAUUGAUUUUCUGCUACUAUCUGAAGACUGAAAUAAUUGACUUGAAACAUUUGCACAAAACUUUGAUGGCAUAUAAAUAUCCCAUAUAUAGGAAUUUUAAACUAUUUUCUAUAGCAAAACAAGUUAAAAUAUUUUGAGAAAAAUAACACAUAUAAGACUAUCUUGAGAAAGCUGGAGUUCAUAAUACUUUUUUCCCUUAUGAAUUUCCUAGGUUUCCCUUUUCUGUGGUUUUUGGUUUUUUGUUUGUUUUUUGAGACGGAGUUUUGCUCCAUUGCCUAGACUGGAGUGCAGUGGCACAAUCUCGGCUCACUGCAACCUCUGCCUCACAGGUUCAAGCAAUUCUCCUGCCUCAGCCUCCCGAGUAGCUGGGACUGCAAAGCAUGCACCACCACGCCUAGCUAAUUUUUUUGUGUUUUUAGUAGAGAUGGGAUUUCACUUUGUUGCUGAUCUCAAACUCCUGACCUUAGAAGAUCCGCUUGCCUCAUCUGUGGUGUAUUUUAAAAGACAAUUUUUUGAAGAUAGAUUUGGGAAGAAAACAGAAUUAAAGAUGGGAAAUUUUGUUUUAUUAAAAAGGCGCUGGAAGGUAUUUCAAAGACAGCAUUCUUAUUUAUUUUAAUGCUCUGUAGAAGGUAGGUAUGGAACCUCCACGCAACCACGUGCACAAACCUAAUCAUGCUUUGGCCACUUGUCAGUUCAGUGAAUCUGCCUUCCUCUUCUACCAAAUCAUGUCAUCUUUAGGUUGUUCACCUGCAGCUGCUUUAAAUGAAUUAAUAUCUUUCAGAUAGGUAACCUUACAAGGUGCAGGUUUGUUUUGAACAGCUGACCAAAAAUGUAUCAAACAGGAUUACGGCCAAAAAGUCACUGAAAUUUUCUACAGAUUCCUUUAAAAGAUGUAUGUUGAUGAAAUAUGCCCCUUUAUAAGAAAAGCAACAGCAAAUCUUUUAGUAGAAAUUUGAAAGAAGUGUUUGCUACUGUUUUGACCCAUUAUUCCCUUACCUAUUAGAUGAAUUUGCCAUUCACUGGAUGGAAACCAUUUUUGGAUUUGGUAACAGGUGAGCAAAACAAAUCUGUUAUUAUACACUCAUAUGCCAGCAUUUCUGUUGGAGAAACAGUUCCAAAUGUUGUUUACAUAGUCCAGUUACUGUUAGAGUCAGGCAAAUCAGCAAAGCACUUACUUGUUCAUCGAGAUGACCCAUAAUGGGCUGCAGUUGUAAGUGGGCAUACAUGGUCUAUCUUUUUGAAGGAGAAAGAAAACCGUUCUCACAUAUUGCAAAUACGUGAAUCAUACUAUAUUUCCCUUAAGUAAAAUGUACCAGACUUAGUGGUUUUUGUUUAUGUAGAAUUUGGUUUAGACCCUUAUGAAACAUUAUUUACUAGUUGGCCUUAUCCGUAAGGGAAAAGUCCUAAAUUUUUAACCCCCUAGUUCGAGGGAAAUGUCUUUGUUGUCCAUUGCGUAAAAAUGUUGACUCCAGUAAUUUGUUUUUCUCUUUUUUCUUCCAUGUAUUUACUCCAUUUUCUCUGUUUUUUCCUUCCCUGAUGGAUUUGCACAAAUGUUAACCAAUUAGCUCUACUUCUCUGUACCUUUGUUGAGUAUUAAUCUUUUAGAAGAUAGGCUCAUCAGUAUAUUUAUGAAGCAUAAUAUAGUAAGAGAAAACAAAUCUAGGAUGCUUGCAUGACAAAGUAUUUGCCUGCAGUUUUCCUUAAAAACUGCAAGAAUAUCAUGCUUGUCUGCUUCUUAGUAAAUGUUAAGUCCAAAAUGGAAGUGAGGAUGUAACUUUACUGAAUAAUCAAAUAUCAUCUUAGAUUUGGCUUGAUCUGUGUUUAUUAUUUCUAUUAAUGUAAAUCAACUCUGUGCCAAAUCCUCCUCCACAGGAACUCAAAACCAUUUAUUGUCUUAGUUCUAGUGAUAUCAGUGAAGAUAGUUACAGUGUAUGCAUUCUAAGUCCCGAGGAAGAAAUUUUAUGGAGUCGGUUAAGUUUCACAUUUGCGAAAGAGGAAAUUAGUAGAGUAUGUAGAAUUAGAUAUUUGGCUAUUAAUGGGAUGCAAAUCAAAUUUUUAAAAGAAGAGUUUGGCCUAAGGAGUUUAUUGGUACAGGUGCAGAUGAUUUUAAGGCAUUAAAGGAUUAUAGAGUUAUGUCAUUUAGACUGUUUCUAAUAAUGGAGACCAUCUAGCAUUUUUUUUUGGAGUCUCAUUUUUAUUUGUGCAAUAUUUUCAGGCAUGUAGGCUAUUGUUCAUUGUAUUUAUAUAGAUAUUAGGGAAUUUACUAAGUACUUUAACAAGUAAAAAUCUGCAUAUGAAAGAAAAUACCAGAUUUGCACUUUAAAUGAGCUUAAUUGCUUGAAGUUGUGCCUGAAAUAUCGAAAUGCCUCCUAUUGGGUGUGGCUUUGUUCAUUGAAAUAAAUUUGUAAUUGUUGCUGUUUGAAGAUAUCAGUACAGCUGUUCACAGAAAUAUAUUCCCAGCAUGUCACUUUUCCCCUUAAAGCACUAAGUUUUCAUUGAAUGUUCCAUUGUCUCAAUAAGUAUUUUACUUACUUUUUCUCAGUGCAUCACAGAGUGUGACCCUUCUACAGCUGUCACUUCCAAAUGUUCCUGUAGCAUAAAUGGUAUUACAGACACUGAGGUGCUCUCUUGGUUUCUGAGCAGGGUUGUCAUACUGGUUUCCUGGCCUCUAGGGCACUGGGGAUGUACUUUGAAAUCACCAAAUAGGCUUGCAAUUAAGAUCAAUUAAGACUGCAGCACCGUUUCAGUUUACUUUCCAUCUUACACAGUAGUUUUUGUGUUUUUAAAUUAGUUUGGCUAUAUUUCCUAUAUUUAGGAAACAUUAGUUAUGUUUGCAUGCUUAUGCACACAUUUGAAAAUUAAUUAUAGAUGUGAUACCUGAUGUUCUUCCUUGGAGAUGAUGGCCUUGUUACUUUUUAAAUUCUGAUGCUUGAAUUCUAUUUUCUAAUGAUCUUUCACAUCUCCCUUUAAGUUUUUUGCUGCAGCAAUUUGAAAGAAUUCUUUUGGAUAAAUGAUUCUGAUGGUGGGCGCCAAUCUACAGCUAUGUCAUUAACUGAAGAUACAUGUUUUAAUCUUGUUGGGAAUAAGCUUACCCACUUUCUCCUUGCUAAAGCAUUUACUUAACAAAAUAAUACUGACCCUAAGAAUUUAAGGUCUCUUAAGUCAUUACUAACAAAGAGCAAAAAUAAUGUCUGCAAUAUUGUUUUUCCCAUUGAUUUUAAAAGUCAGUUCAGAGUAUAAACUGUAUAUUAGAAUUUGCCUGUAAAAUGAAUUCUAAAAAACAGAUGUAAAGUCUCUCCUGAAAAUGUUGGCAUAGUAAAUAAAGUUCAUAAUUAUAAAA